AUGCAGGUGGAAGGUGUCGCGUUGGUCUUUGGUGCUGGAAGUGGCAUUGGGCGCGCAGUCGCCUACACUCUGGUCGCGCAGGGCCUCACCACUCUCGUCUGCGCCGACAUCGAUCUCGCUCACGCCCAAGAAACCGCCCAGUCCAGCUACAACAUUUUCGCGGAGCGACGACCAGCCUACGAGGCGAUCGCUUACCAGGUGGACGUGCGCGAUGAGGCGCAAGUGCGAGAGUUGGUCGCCAAGACCAAGGAUAGGUAUGGCCGCAUCGAUAUCUGCGUAAAUACCGCCGGGACCGCCUCUGCCAACCAAACCGCAAUUAGCGAGAUGAGCCUAGAAGCGUAUCGAAGCAUGGACGAGGUGCACAACAUCGGGUGCUUCUUAAUCGUCCGCGAGGUGAUCCGAGCCAUGGCCAGCCAGGAACCGACCAAGUCGAUUACCGGCAGAAUGCGAAGGAACCAAACCCGGGGGUCCAUUGUCAUUCUAACCUCGCUGGCCUCCGAGGGGGCGUUUUUGGGUGUGGGCAAUUACAGUGCCGCCAAACAUGCGGUGAAAGGGUUGGUUCAGACAGCUGCUCUCGAGAGCGCGGGCAACGGGAUCCGAAUCAAUGCCGUGGCGCCCUCGUACGUGUCCGGACCGAUGAUGGAGCAGUUUCUGGACCAGGCGCCGGCCGUCAAGGCGACGAUGCUGGGGGAUCUGCCCAUGCGACGGCUGGCGGACCCGGAGGAGGUGGCGGAUGCAGUGGUGUUUCUGGCGUCGCCGGCGGCUAGCUAUAUCAAUGGCCAUACUUUGGUGGUGGAUGGGGGGACGUCGUUACAGUUGUCGAACCAACCAUUUUCGUGA